AUGCAUCCCAAUGCAGAACGCGAAUUGUCAUACAUACUUCUAACAGAACUUUUGGCUCACCAGUUCGCAUAUCCAGUCAGAUGGAUCGAAACUCAGCACCAUAUAUUAUCUGAACUGGAUUCCGAAAGAGUAGUCGAGGUCGGGCCAGCCAAUAUUUUGACGAAUAUGAUGAAGAAGACGUGGGAACAGCAGUUCGCAAAUAUAGACCAAGCCCUUGGUAUUGAGAGAAAGUUUUUUGGGCCUCGAGAUGUCUUCUUUCCGCCAAAUCGCGAGAACAUGGAUAUGUUGAGAGCGGCGUCCAAGAAAACGCUACCAGAGGCACACCCACCUCCUCCAAUCGACUCUCAUCAGGAACCGUCUACUCAAACGCAAGCAACCCACCGUUCUGCCGGAGUGCCUGUAUCUUUACCACAACAGAUUGCAACAAACAUCCCGCCUGCAAUACUGGAAGAUGUUUCGCUGCCUGUCUCAACUAUUGUAAGGUCGCUUGUGGCCAUGAAACUGAGAAAAAGGUCUGAUGAUAUCUCAGAAGAUCAGACCAUAAAUCGCCUCGUUGGUGGAAGAUCUACUUUGAUGAAUGAAAUUCUAGGAGACCUACAUGCUGAAUUCCCAGGUCAUGUGCCAGAACGACCAGAUGAUAUACCAAUAAAGGACUUAGGCGAAACAAUGUCUAUCGGUCACAAUGGACGCUUGGGUAAAUGUACUGCGUCGCUGGUCAACAAGAUGAUAUCGUCGAAGAUGCCCGGAAAUUGGGGGCAAUCAUCUGUACGCCAGUUCCUGCAGCAAAAGUGGGGCUUAGCUCCUAUGCGUCAAGAUGCGUUUUUACUCCUUGCAGUCGAGAAGCAGCCAGCUACGCGACUGAGUACUCCCGACUCGGUUGAUCAGUUUCUUGUGGAUAUUGCUACUGAAUAUUUUAAAAAAGAGGGAAUGAGCAUACCUCAAGCAACUCAACAAGAAAAUAGUUCUCAGGACAGUACUGCUCGCAUAGUUGACGUGCAAGGACUGCGAACCGCCGCAGUGGUGGAUACGGCAAUGGUCAAAGACAUUAUUGAAGUAUUGAAGGGGUAUUCCAAUCAACAGGGAAAUGCGUUAGAGGCCACAAUGCCUCACCAUACUAUCGAUGCUUCACAUAACGCUAGCGAACCCGUGGAUCUUUGGCUUACCGAACACGGGGACGAGUACGCUGCGGGAAUCCAACCUAUGUUUGAUGGACAGAAAGAAAGACUCUACGACUCUUACUGGAAUUGGAUCCACCAGGAUAUAACCGAACUGGUAACUUUGAGCAGAGCAGACGAUUCUGACAGUUACCCUGGGUUGGUUGGCCUGACCAUGAGAAUAUUGAACAAAAUUUGCGAUCGUUCCCUCGAUCAUCUUUCUUAUGCUAUAACCCAGGCCAAGAUAUCUGGCUCCCGAAAUCCGAUCCAUAUUCAGACGUUGCAGAGCGUAUACGAAUCAUCCCUGAUCUUCAAAGCCAAGAAUCCCAUAUUUCUGAAUCGUACCGGGGGAGAUACCACUGCAAGAUAUACUGGACACGAUGGUCUUGUUUCCAGCUUAAUGAAGCAUGUAUAUGACGGCUUCAUACCAAAAGAUACCUUACCGUUGGAUAUACCUGUGGGUAAACUCACAGGACAAGGCUUCGUCAUAUCCCCUACCCAUACAAAAAUGUUUGCUACAGAUGUGGAUAGAUCAAGGGUUUUGGGACUCACAUUUGUCGGGAAAAACGUUCUGAUAACAGGCGCUGGAAAGAACUCCAUAGGCCUGGGUAUCCUACGCCAUCUUCUCUCGGGAGGAGCUCGAGUAAUAGUGACUACCAGCAGCUACACGAGCAAAACGACAAGGAUGUAUCAGGAGUUGUAUGCUAAACAUGGCUCCAGGGGAUCCAUACUUCGACUGAUCCCGUUCAAUCAAGGCAGCUGGCAUGACGUGCAAGGCCUAACUGAAUGGAUCUACAAGGACGAGUCAUGGGAUCUAGAUUUCAUUAUUCCCUUCGCUGCAGUCCCGGAAAGGGGAAGAAGUCUUGAAAAUCUAGACUCAGGAUCAGAGCUAGCGCACCGUGUGAUGCUUACGAAUCUCCUUCGUCUUCUUGGUGGGAUUUCCCGAAACAAACGAUCAAGAGGCAUCGUCACACGGCCUGCAACUGUGUUGCUUCCGUUCUCGCCAAAUCACGGAAUUCUAGGGAACGAUGGGCUUUACUCUGAGAGCAAAGUUUCAUUAGAAAUACUUCUAAACAAAUGGGCGUCGGAGUCAUGGGCUGACUUCCUGUCGCUAAUGGGAGUAAUUAUCGGUUGGACGCGUGGUACAGGCCUUAUGGCAGAAAACGAUGAGAUUGCCGACGCUGUAGAGAAAUUGGGUGCCAAAACAUUCAGCUCUGACGAGAUGGCUGGAUAUAUUGCCACCUUGAUGGGUGGAACAAUCACAACUGAAUGCCAGAAAGAGCCCUUGGUUGUUGAUCUCGGCGGUGGGCUAUCCCGCAUCCAAAAUUUGAAAGGACAACUAGCCGACGCUCGAAAAGCAUUGCGCGAAUCAGCGGAGCUACAGAGAGCUGUUGCAGAAGCGAACUUACGACAAUCCAUCUCUAUUUCUGGAGAAACGUCUAGAAAAACGUCAUCGUCAACAACACUGCAUCCUAGGAUAAGUCUGAAGCUCUCUUGGCCACAGUUACCAGACUAUAAUCAGGAUAUCUCACCACUAUCUGACUCAUUGCUGGAUAUGUUGGACUUAAGCCGUGUUGUCGUCAUCACUGGGUUUUCAGAGUUGGGGCCCCAUGGUAAUAGCAGAACGCGUUGGGAGUUGGAGAGAAAUGGGACCUUAUCUCCCGAGGGUUGUGCUGAAUUAGCCUGGAUGAUGGGCCUCAUUCAGCAUCAUUCAGGAAUAUCCAAGGAUGGGUCCCCGUUCUCCGGAUGGAUGGACAGUACCACGAAAGAACUCGUUGAAGACUUUGACAUCCUUUCCCGCUACGAGUCCAGAGUUCUCAAGCAUACUGGUAUCCGAAAAAUCGAGCCUGAUAUCUGUGACAGUGGAUACGACCCAGAGAGAAAGGAAUCUCUCCAAGAGAUUGUACUGCAGCGAGAUCUGCCAGCUUUUGAAUCUACGGCUGAAGUAGCAGACGAUAUGAUGCGGAAGCACGGUGAUAGAGUGGCGGUCACGAAUGGGACUUCAGAUGGGAUGCGACUUGUCCAGUUAAAAGCUGGUGCCGUAAUUUGGGUACCCCGAGCAUCAAGAUUCAACCGGACCGUAGCAGGACAGAUUCCGUCAGGAUGGUCGGCCAAGCGGUAUGGAAUUAGCGACGAGAUAAUAGAGCAGGUCGACCCCGUAACUCUAUUCUCUCUUGUAUGCACCGUCGAGGCUCUUUUGUCGUCUGGUAUCACAGAUCCUUACGAGUGGUAUCAGCACAUACACAUUUCAGAACUGGGCAACUGUAUCGGUUCCAGCAUGGGCGGGCUAUCCUCGCUGAAGAAGAUGCAUCGGGACAGAUAUCUUGAUAGGCCAGUGAAGGGAGACAUCCUUCAAGAAACGUUCAUCAACACCACAGCAGCGUGGAUCAACAUGCUAUUGUUUUCUUCUGCCGGGCCUAUCAAAACUCCCGUGGGAGCAUGUGCAACAUCUCUGGAAUCUCUUGAUACAGGUCGCGAUCUCAUCGUGGCAAAGAAAGCCAAAAUAGUUCUCGUUGGUGGGGUGGAAGACUUCGUCGAGGAUGUAUCCUAUGAGUUUGGCAGCAUGAAGGCAACGUGUGACACUGAAGCUGAGAUACGGCAUGGCAGAAGUCCAGAUGAAAUGUCUCGUCCAAUGGCGUCAUCCAGGGCUGGCUUCGUUGAGGCACAAGGCUGCGGCAUCCAAGUUUUGACCUCAGCAGAGCUAGCCCUCAAGAUGGGCCUACCGAUCUAUGGUAUUGUUGCGUACACGAACAUGUCAGCAGAUAAGAUCGGUCGCUCCGUUCCGGCUGCUGGGAGGGGCGUGUUAACAAAUGCACGCGAACCAGCCCACAUUAGGGGUCCUGAGACAACAUACAACGUCCUAUCCCGAUCGUUACUAAAUCUGACUCAUCGCCGUCAAAUGUUGCAGGAGAGGCGUAGUCAGAUAAGUGCUUUUGUCACGGACAGCAACCGUUUGCUUGACGAGGAGAUUGCGAACCUAGAACAAAACUCCGACUUUACACAAGAAGACAUUACGCGUUUCAGGUUGCAACAACUUAGGUUCAUACAUGAAGAGGCCAGCCGUCAGGAGGCAGAUGCAGCAUUCGCCCUUGGGAAUGAAUUUUGGAAGAGUGGAUCAAAUCAAGCCGUGUCACCAAUUCGAGGCUCAUUGGCAGCAUGGGGUCUAGACGUCGAUGACAUUUGCGUCGCAUCUCUACAUGGUACAUCCACAGUAAUGAACGACUUGAAUGAAACUUCUGUUUUACAAAGGCAAAUGGCUCACCUUGGACGUCAAAAGGGAAAUAUGCUUCCCUGUGUCUGCCAGAAGUGGCUGACAGGUCAUUCUAAAGGAGCUGCAGGAUCUUGGAUGGUCAAUGGCUGUCUCCAAAUGAUGGAUUCAGGAACGAUAGGCGGAAAUCGAAAUGCCGAUAAUAUUGAUGAAGGGUUACAAGAAAAUUCACUACUCAUGUUUCCAGGAAAAACUCUUCAGGUCGAAGGCGAUCAUAGCUGCAUCAAGGCCUGCUCAGUCACGUCGUUUGGUUUUGGUCAGAAGGGCUCACAAGCUAUUCUUAUUCAUCCUCGAUACCUCUUUGCAACGAUAUCGAAAACCCAGUAUGAAGAAUACAUCGCGAAGAACAGCAUUCGACUGAAAAGGGCAUCUCAGACCUACUCAGAGGGUAUAAUCAACGGAGACUUAGUAUCGAAGUUUAUCAAAGAGCACCAACCUUAUCCAGCCCAAGACGAGGAGGCAUGGUUGCUUAAUCCUGCUAUGAGAUUGAAAAACUUUAGCUAA